AUGAGAAUGUAUGCCCUAUUUGUGCUGUUGAUGUACGCCACAGCAUUGAAUUUCGAGGCAUCUUUGAUGUCCCACACUUUAGCAGAAGUAGACGCUUUAGACACUUCGCAAUUGAAUUGUUAAACUCCACGAUCUCAUUUUGAAGAUUUGGAAUAAACUUUAACUCAAUGGUAGUAAGUUUUGGAGAACAAGGAGCGCAUCCCUUCACAUAUUGAGACUCUAACAUAAAUGAAGCAUCUAAUUAAACAUAAAAAGUAUGAGCAACUAGUUGAAAAGAUUAAAGAUUUAGAUCUCAUUUCACCUCCUGUACUUUCUGAAUUAUAAAACAAAUUAUAAGGAUUGCAAUCUCAUGACAGACAUGAAAGAGAAGAGUGUACAGAAACUUUAACAAAAUUGUGUGCUUAUCUUAUUAAAUAAAUGAAUAAUGUUCACUAAUAAUGCCAAUAAUCACCAGUUACAGUCAUUAAAGUCAAAGGUAAGAUCGAGGAUCUCAAGAUUAUAUAAUCUGGAUGCUAAUAAUCAUGUCAACCAACUUGUCCAGAUGAGCCUGCUCCAGAAACACCCUCAGAAGCUCCAAGCGAAGAAUUUACUGAAGAGCCAGUUGAAGAAGGUGUUCCUCCAACAACUCCUGAUGAUGAACCAACUCCAGAUGAUAAACCAACACCCGAUGAUGAACCUACUCCAGAUGAUAAACCAACCCCAGAUGAGCCUAUAGUACCUUAAGACGAGGAAGGUCCAACUGAUGAACCACCUGUUAAUCCAAAUACCGAAGAAUCACCUGAUUAACCAACAGUGGCAGAAGAGGGAACAGAAGAAUGGACUAUUCCAGGAGAAGAACCAGAAGAACCAAAAGCAGUACCAACUACACCUGAUUAACCAGAGGAAGAUCAAGAAGAAUCUUCAAAUCCACCUGUCUCCCCUGAACCUCUAGUAUUCCCAGAGGAAUAAGAAGAAUCAUUCGGUUUUGAAGAAACUCCUCUUCCACCAGUUUCUCCUGAUCCUUUAGUGUUCCCAGAAGAAGAGGAGGAAUCAUUCGGUUUUGAAGAAACUCCCCUUCCACCUGUUACUCCUGAUGUUGUAGUAUUUCCAGAAGAAGAGGAAGAAUCAUUCGGUUUUGAAGAAACACCUCUUCCACCUGUUAAUCAUGAUCCAUUAGUGUUCCCAGAAGAAGAAGAAGAAUCAUUUGGUUUUGAAGAAACACCACAUCCACGUAUUUCUCCACUGCGUUUCCCAUUUUCAGAAGAACAUGAAGAGAUCGUUUUUGAAGAAGAACAAGAAGAAUAAGAUCCAAUUAUUUGCCAAUCAUCUGAAUCUACAGAUAUUAUAGAGUUGACAGCUACUUAAGUUGACCCUGGAUUUAGUAGCACACUUACAAUUGCAGGUGAAUAUGGUUUUGGUUUAUACUUCUAAAGAUUGUAAAAAUAUCCAGCAUUUGCUGAGGGUGAUGAAUUCCAUUUAGCCAGUUUAUAAGAUAAUGGAAACACAGUUUUGGGAGUAUUUGUAACUAAUACAGGUGUUAAAUGUGUUACUGUUGAUGGAUCUACACAUUAAUCUACAUCUGUAUCCAAUAGUGACUUUGAAGGUGAAUGGAGCUUUGUAUUCAUCAGUCAUGGUUAAGGAGUUACUGGAUGUGCAGUCAAGUUCUUUGAAGAAUUACCAGCAUUGAGAUCAACUCCUGCUUCCCAUGCAACUUACACUAGUUUAGACUUCAAGGUUGGUGGACCAUAAGAUUCUCAUCCAUCAUUCUAAGGAAAAGUAUAUGGACAGUUUGCAUCUUCAGUAUCAAAUCUACACUUCAACAGUUAAAGAUAAUAUAAUUUACUUGUUGAUUCAUGCAAUAGUCCACCAGAAGUAGAACUUUGUGAAUUAUAUACUGAUGAAUUAGGAGAUUAUCAAUUCUAUGGAUUUGAGGAUACAUCUGAUGAAAUAUUUGAGUUUUCAACUUGGGAUGCUGGUUACGCUGUUUCUGGUUGGUUGAAAUGGGAAACCUUAGAAGAUCAAGAUGUUUGGCACACUGUCUUCAGAUUAUCUGAAAAUGCAGAUGCUGAUUUGGAAGAGAUUAAAUUAGGAGACAGAGAUUUGGCUGUUUUUCUUGGUAAUGAAUUGGUUGGAGGUGCAUUUUAAUUUUCUACUUACACAUAUUCAGGAUCUGGUAAUCCUAAUUUAUGGGAUAAUAUUUAAUAUACAAAUACAUUGGGUUAAUGGCAUCAUAUUUACUUUGGAUACAACAGACUUUAAAGAAUAGCUAGUUUUACACUUUAUUUAAUGGAAGACCAAUUGAUUGGAGCAAAUUAACUUCUUGAUGCUCGCCAUUAUCUUGUUCCUUGGAGGAGACUUUAUAUUGGGUAAUGA